CAAGGAGCGAUUAAAGCGAAGAACAGAGUUUGUGGAUGGGAAAGAAUUGAUUUUUCUGUUCGUUCUCCAGUUUUGUUCUUAUGGAAUGUGUUGAAUGUAAACGCUAAUAAUCAUCAGUUUGUGGAUGGCGAAUCUGCUGUAUCUUCAGCUUUCUUCUUGCGUCGUCAGAGGCAGAUUCUGUUCUCUAAACUGCGAUUUUGAUCUCUGCCCAAAUAUCGUGAGCCGCGGUUCCUUUGAUUGCCGCGCCUCCCGCGGUCCUAGCUGGGAGGAGGAGCUCUUCCGCGACGAAGGUUUUGCUUCGUUUGAGUUCGGAAACCGUAAAAAGAAGAGGCCUUGGUGGCUUGAUGAUGAUGAUGACGAUGACGACAACGAUGAUUGGAUGAAUGAAGAAGAAGAAGACUGGUCUAUGGUUUUUGAGGUAUUUAGAACAUUGAGUUGGAUGCUUGCACCAAUUGGCAUAUCUUUGCUUCUUGGAACAGAUUCAAACGCGGGUGUAAUGGCAUUAGCAGUUCCUUUAGUGCAAUCUGUGUUGUCUCUUGUGGUUAGUAAAGUUUGGAGCAGGCCAAGCAUUAGGUCUAUGAAAAGAAGUAGAAGAGAUACAUUUUCGAGAUCUGCGAGUGUAAGUAGUGGAAGAACAAGGAAAGCUAGGCAAGGAGGAAACAUGAGGGGUGGUGUAGAUAAGGGAGGAUACAAGUCAUGGAUAGUAGGAGAUGAUGAUUCUAACAGCAUGGGUACUGGCUAUGGAGGAUGGGAUGAUCUAGAUACGCUAAGGGAGAUUAGAAAUGACAAUCCAUUAAACGAGAAUGUUCGUCCAAAACAACAGUUUGAAAGAAAGGCUACUCGGCGGUGGAGAGUUAAGGAGAAGCCAUUGCUCUUGAGGAUGCUAAUUGCUGCCUUCCCUUUUUUGGGUUCAUGGACCAAAUUGUUGUUUUGACAAGGGAUUUAUCUAAGUCCUUAUACACGCGGUUUGAAAAAGGACAAGAGUUUCUCUCGCGGUUGGUCGUCAAAUGAAUUCAAUCUUCCUGGAAUCAUAAAGGUUAGCUUUCAAUUAUCUUGGAACUUAGAAGUUAGAAUACACCUCUUACUUGUGAUAACUAUGCAUAUUCUGUAAGUUGAGAAUAUAUGCCUGUCAGAUUUUUGUUUCUAUAAAUACAAACGUGUAAUAGUUCUUGUUUUGUACAGCCUAAUUAGUAUCUUCAUUUUUUAUAUAACCAGCACUAAUAAUUGGUGAUGGCGUACCAGAUGCUGCUGCUACUGUUUCUUUAGUAUGUGAGAUUUAAGAUUACAUACUCUUCUACUUUAUCUAGUCAGGUAGCAAUACUGCUAGAAUAUAUGCUUUCACAUUUAUUUGCUUCACAUGUUAUAUUUAAACAUUCAAAGGGUUCUUUAUUUGUUUUUAUUAGUGAUAGGAACCAAUGGCCUCAUGAUAAGAAUCUUUGAUAAAGACUAUUUUAAGAGUAAAGAACAAUAUC